GCUCACCAAGGUAGAGGCUUCUUCUCCUGCCAGAAGCCAGACAGCUGCCUCCAGCCUCUCCUGCUCAGCGCCAUGGCCAAGACCCCUAGUGACCAUCUGCUGUCCACCCUGGAGGAGCUGGUGCCCUAUGACUUUGAGAAGUUCAAGUUCAAGCUGCAGAACACCAGUGUGGAGAAGGAGCACUCCAGGAUCCCCCGGAGCCAGAUCCAGAGAGCCAGGCCAGUGAAGAUGGCCAGUCUGCUGGUCACCUACUACGGGGAAGACUACGCUGUGCGGCUGACCCUGCAGGUCCUGCGGGCCAUCAACCAGCGCCUGCUGGCUGAGGAGCUCCACAGGGCAACCAUUCAGGAAUAUUCCACACAAGAAAAUGGCACAGACGAUUCCGCAGCGUCCAGCUCCCUGGAGGAGAACAAGCCCGGGAGCCUGAAGACUCCAGACCACCCCGAGGGGAAGGAGGGAAAGGAGGGGAACGGCCCUCGGUCGUGCGGGGACUGGGCUGCCAGCCUGCGGUGCAGCCAGCCCGAGGCCGGGAGGGGGCUGUCGAGGAAGCCCUUGAGCAAACGCAGAGAGAAGUGCUCGGAGGGCCUGGACGCACUGGGCAAGCCUCGGACCCGGAGCCCGGCCCUGCCGGGCGGGAGAAGCCCCGGCCCCUGCAGGGCGCCAGAGCGGGGCCAGGCCGAGGUCCUCCUGCGCAGGAACGCCAGCUCCGCGGGGAGGCUGCAGGGGCUGGCGGGGGGCGCGCCGGGGCGGAAGGAGUGCAGGCUCUUCGAAGUGUACCUGCCCUCGGGAAAGAAGCGGCCUAAAAGCCUUGAGCUCACCAUUUCCACAGGGGAGAAGGCGGCCCCAAAUCCAGAAACUCUCCUGACUGUAGAGGAAACGACAGCUGCGAAUCCGGACUCGGCAACAGCCGCCCAGGCAAGGCCCACUCCGGAUGGAGGGGCGUCUGCGGACCUGGAGGAAGGCCCUGGGAAUCCAGAACAUUCGGUCACCGGAAGGCCACCAGACAAGGCUGCGAGUCCCCGUUGCCACGCCCAGGAAGGAGACCCUGUUGGCGCUAUCUGUGUGCGUGAUUCCUGCAGCUGCCCCGAGGCAGCCUCUGGGCACCCCCAGGCCUCAGGCAGCCGCUCACCUGACUGCCCCCGGUGCCAGGCCUUCCAUGAAAGGAAGAGCAUGGGAAGUCUAAGCCCCCAGCCCCUUCCACAGUGUAAGCGCCACAUGAAGCAGGUCCAGCUGCUCUUCUGUGAGGAUCACUGUGAGCCCAUCUGCCUCAUCUGCAGUCUGAGUCAGGAGCAUCGAGGCCACCGGGUACGCCCCAUUGAGGAGGCUGCCCUGGAACACAAGAAGCAAAUUCAGAAGCAGCUGGAGCAUCUGAAGAAGAUGAGAAAAUCAGGGGAGGAGCAGCGAUCCUAUGGGGAGGGGAAGGCAGUGAACUUUCUGGAACAAACUGAAGCGCUGAAGCAGCGGAUGCAGAGGAAGCUGCAACAGGUGUACCACUUUCUGGAGCAGCAAGAGCAUGUCUUUAUGGCCUCGCUGGAGAAUGUGGGCCAGAUGGUUGGGCAGAUCAGGAAGGCAUAUGACACCCGCAUAUCCCAGGACAUCGCCCUGCUUGACGCGCUGAUUGGGGAACUGGAGGCCAAGCAGUGCCAGUCGGAAUGGGAGCUUCUGCAGGACAUCGGAGACAUCUUGCACAGGGCUAAGACAGUGCCUGUCCCUGAACGGUGGACCACUCCUCAAGAGAUGAAACAGAAGAUCCAAGUGCUCCACCAGAAGUCAGAGUUUGUGGAGAAGAGCGCAAAGUACUUCUUAGAAACCCUGCAUUCAGAAAUGGAAAUGUUCAAUGUUCCAGAGCUGAAUGGCGCUCAGGCACAUGCCGUUAAUGUGAUUCUGGAUGCAGAAACCGCUUACCCCAACCUCGUCGUGUCUGAUGAUCUGAAGAGUGUUAGACUUGGAAACAAGUGGGAGAGGCUGCCUGAUGGCCCGCAAAGAUUUGACAGCUGCAUCGUUGUUCUGGGCUCUCCGAGCUUCCUCUCCGGCCACCAUUACUGGGAGGUGGAGGUCGGAGACAAGACAGCGUGGAUCCUGGGAGCCUGCAAGGCAUCCAUAAGCAGGAAAGGGAACAUGACUCUGUCUCCAGAGAAUGGCUACUGGGUGGUGAUAAUGAUGAAGGAAAAUAAGUACCAGGCAUCCAGUGUUCCCCCAACCCGCCUGCUAAUAAAGGUGCCUCCCAAGCGUGUGGGCAUCUUUGUGGACUACAGAGUUGGAAGCAUUUCCUUUUACAACGUGACAGCCAAAUCCUGCAUCUAUACAUUCACCAGCUGCUGUUUCUCUGAGCCCCUUCAACCUAUCUUCAGCCCUGGGACACAUGAUGGAGGGAAGAACACAGCUCCUCUGACUAUCUGUCCAGUGGGUGGUCAGGGGCCUGACUGAAUGCCCAAUACUGCAUCUCUCCUCCAGCUUCUGGCCUUGUAUCUUGCAUUCACAUACUCAACAGUCACGGAAUGCCACCUGGGUGCCAGCUGCUAUAGGAAAUGCAACGAAUAACAAAAUAGUUACUGUGCCCAUGGAGCCUACCCGAUUAUAGCAGAGCUAAGUUAGGAACGAACGUAUUAGCAAAUCCGGUGAAGAAGUGUACUGAUGACACACCAUGGAUUUCAGAGGAGGAAGUCCAGGGUCGUUGCAUCAUCCAUCCCUGGUGAAUGGUACUCUCAGGUGCUCCUGAACAGAUUUGGCCCUCAUUUUCCCUCAGAACCCCACGGCAAGGACAUGUCUCUUGGUUCUCUCUGCUUCUGUCUUGAGGACAUGGGAAGUCUAGAGAAACACAAGCAGACUGGAUUGGGAUAGAAGUAUUUGUGUACCUGGAUUAAUGAACUAUGAUUUUUUUUUUUUUUUGAGACGGGAUCUUGCUGUGUCGCCCAGGCUGGAGUGCAGUGGCACUAUCUCAGCUCACUGCAACCUCCACCUCCCAGGUUCAAGCGAUCCUCCUGCCUCAGCCUCCUGAGUAGCUGGGAUUACAGGCGCAUGCCACCACACCAGGCUAGUUUUCUUGUAUUUUUAGUAGAGAUGGGGGUUUCACCAUGUUAGCCAGGAUGGUCUCGAACUCCUGACCUCAGGUGAUCCACCCGCCUUGGCCUCUCAAAGUGCUGGGAUUAUAGGCAUGAGCCACUCUGCCUUUUUUUUUUUUUUUUGAGAUGAAGUUUUGCUCUUGUUGCCCAGGCUGGAGUGCAGUGGCGCAAUCUUGGCUCACUGCAACCUCCGUCUCCCGGGUUCAAGAGAUUCUCCUGCCUCGGCCUCCCAAGUAGCUGGGAUUAUAGACGCCUGCCACCAUGCCUGGCUAAUUUUUUGCAUUUUUAGUAGACAUGAGGUUUCAUCACGUUGACCAGGCUGGUCUCAAACUCCUGACGUCAGAUGAUCCACCCACCUCACCCUCCAAAGUACAGGGAUUGGAGGCAUAAGCCACCAUGCCUGGCCAUGAUUCUUGAGAGAAUUGACUGGGCCUCAUAAAUAAAAAAUUUAGAAAAUCUGGUCAUUUGCAUUCAUAAAUAAAAAAUUUAGAAAAUCUG